AUGCCCAGUACAACAAUCGAGGGAUGGGAAAUUGAAAGACACAGCACUCUGUUGCGACGCGCUCGUGUAUUUGGUGGCUAUCUUGAUGGUCCGGAGGGCACCAAAAUUCGGAUUCAAAAGCAAGAAUUCCCAUUUGACAUCGGAAUAUGGCAAAAUAUCAGCGCCUCCAUGGGAGGAGGCUCCAAUUUCUUAGGCUGGUUUUGGCCGUUUUCCAGAAGCCCACCCCGAGAUACGGGAUUAGAUUUUGAGGUAAACGGUUUCGAGGAUCCUUCUCUUCCUUGGCCGCCGCUUGACCCAGAUCGAAUGUACAGGCCAGUACUUUCCGACAUAGAUACGCCAGGAACGGUUCUUGAUAUGCACCGGGAUUUUGAUCAAGACGCUAUUGAUGCGUUCCGGCGUCGACAAGAGUUAGAUUAUAAGCGCCACAAACAGAGAUCAGCCAUCCAUCGUCGAAAGCCUUUUCAUGAAAGGUAUAUGCAUAAUAUCGAAACCGAAAUAAUGUCGGAUGCUAGUGAAUCUAUUACAGAAUCCGGCUUGUCUGAAGGAGAGGAAAGCUGGAGAAAUGCAGAGGGUGAACGCCUCCGCGACUUUGGUGUCGACGAGGAAGCGGAAUUCUACGACGAAGAUGAUAUUCCUUUGGCGGUUUUAAUUCAGCGGCGGAAGAAAAUGGAAAAUCUGAAGUCGGUUAACUGA